AUGAUAAUAAUAUUUGAUUUGAUGAACAACAGAAGAAGAAGAGAAAAAAAAAACGUAGUAAACACAAAUAGAAACACAAUUAUGUCAUUUAACGUAGUGGUGGUAAUAGGAGUAGAGUUGGUGUUGGCAUUAUCUAUUACAAAGAAUCUUUCUUUUCAGCACAAAGGCAGAGGAAACAGAACAACAACAGCAGCAACAAUAACAAGAACAAGAACAGCGACUGGAAAGAGAAGAAGCAGAAAUGUCAUUGAUUUGACCAACUCAAUAAGAGAGAAGAGAUGUAAUAUUGUUAUUGUUCAAGUAAUGAAUUGUCAUUUAUUAGCUUGUAUUCUUUUUUUUUUUUGUUUGUUUGUUUUUUUGCAAGUGUAUUCUGCAUUCUUCUAG